AUGGCAAUCUGCGAAGAGAACGCGAAAGAUUUAGCAGGCGGAUACGCGCUCCGAGGCCACUGCGUGAUCUAUACACCGAUCGUCAAGUCAACGUUUGUGGAUCGCCUGGAUACAACUCUGGACGCCAACCGCUUGGACAGUGUCCAAUUGAAGCGACAUCGUGAGUCGUCGUCACGCCGUGGAGCGGCCAAGUGGGACCAUGAGCACGCGGCAGGGUGA